AAAGCAACCUUGCCCUUUUCUUCCCGGACCGACUAAGCAGCGUCAUAUCCAACCCUGCUUCUGUCCUACAACGAAAUCUCACCCCCUCCAGAUUUCGCGCAAUUGAGGAAAAAGGGCAUCCCACCCCCCCUUCUCUAGCCCGCCUCCUGACCGCCUCGAUGUCGACUUCUCGGGCCCUGAAGCCCAUAUUCGGGCCUGGUCGUCGGCUCCUUUUCGAUCAAUUGGCUCCUCAACCGAGAAGGAAGUUCGUCCCGAGCCGGCCGUCCACUUCGGUAUGCUCGAGCUGCCGGCACGGCCAGGUGCUAGGUCUGGGUCGGGCACAACUCCGGUUCUUCUCUUCUGACCCCCCUAAACCUCCCAAUGGCGGUGACACGGGCGAGAAGAAUGCAACCCCCGAACAACAACGUGAACCACCUCUCGUCUUCCACUUCCCCCCGCCGGCUUCCUCCCCGCCAGAACCCCCGCAACCAGACCCGGCAAAAGCACCGCCACCAGACCCGGAACCGACGCCCCAACCAUCUCAACCACCGCCUUCGCCACCGCCCCCGGAUUCGUCAACCUCAAGCUCAGACUCAAGCUCAACCUCCACUUCCACCUCCAGCUCGACCUCGACCCCCAACCCCGACCUCCCAUCCACGCAAAACUCGCGGCGCUCGAACAUGAACCGGCAGCUCUCCGCAUUCAUGGACCGCGCACAAACAACACUCUUCGCCGCCUCGCAGCGCAUCAACGACCUAACAGGCUACUCCGGCAUCGAAGUCCUCAAAUCGCAAAUCUCGGCCCUCGAAUCCUCCCUGGCCUCCGCGCAGGCGAACCUGCACGCGGCGCGGUCCGCCUACAAGACCGCCGUAUCCUCGCGGUCGGCCACGCAGCGCGAGGUCACGACGCUGCUCGCGCGCCAGAAGACCUGGUCGCCCGCCGACUUCGAGCGCUUCACCGCGCUGUACCGCCAGGACUACGAGCUCGAGGCGUCCGUGCACGAGAGGGCCGCCGAGCUCGAGGACGCGGAGCGCGAGGCCGAGCGCCUGGGCCGCGAGCUCAGCGCGGGGAUCCUGUCCCGCUACCACGAGGAGCAGAUCUGGAGCGACAAGAUCCGCCGCAUGAGCACCUGGGGCACGUGGGGCCUCAUGGGCGUCAAUAUCCUGCUUUUCUUGGUCCUGCAGUUCGGCGCCGAGCCCUGGCGCAGGAGGAGGUUGGUCAAGGGGUUCGAGGAGAAGGUCCGUGAGGCGAUGGAGGAGGAGAGGCGGUUGGAGCGCGAGAUCAGGAGGCAAGAGGCUGAGAUCGAGACUAUGAGGAGGAGGGAGGAGUUGGCUGCUGCUACUGCCGCUGCCCCGGUCACGGUCGAGGCGGUUGCGGAAGGGGAGCCGAGUAAGGCCGGUAAGACGACGGCGGCGGAACCGGAAGAACAACCGACCGAGAGCUUCAUACGGAUAGACAUGCCGCCGAAAGUCCCGUGGAGGGAAUUCUUCUCGGACCCGGAUUAUUGGAAAGAUAUCUACGCCGAGCUAUCAAGUGAUAGGAAAGUCUUCAUCAAGGUACGAGACGUAUCCAUAUUAGCGCUCGAGAGCGCCGCCGCCGGUGCCGCGGUUGUAGGCACCAUAGCCACCAUCUUGUUGAUUCGGAGGACAUGAGCAUAGAAUAAAAUAGAAGGCCGCCAUCUAUAUGGCCCGUUAGGGAUCUGUACGUAUUGUCAAAAAAAGAAACUCCUAGGGAUACUAUAUUGUAUAAUAAAAAAACACUACGAUACCCAAUCUUCUUAUACCG